GCCGGGGCACCCGCCGAGAUUGCUUUUGGAGAAGCGGAGCGCGGCGGGAGCGAGGAGGAGGAGGAGGAGGAGGAAGCGGCGGGAGAGGCGCCCGGAGGAGGCGGCCGCCAGCGCGGGGCGGGCGACGGCUCGCCGGAGCGGCGGGGGGACACCAUGUCCAAGCCGGUGGAUCACGUCAAGAGGCCGAUGAACGCCUUCAUGGUGUGGUCGCGGGCGCAGCGGCGGAAGAUGGCCCAGGAGAACCCCAAGAUGCACAACUCGGAGAUCAGCAAGCGCCUGGGGGCCGAGUGGAAGCUGCUGACCGAGUCGGAGAAGCGGCCCUUCAUCGACGAGGCCAAGCGGCUGCGGGCCAUGCACAUGAAGGAGCACCCCGACUACAAGUACCGGCCCCGGCGGAAGCCCAAGACGCUGCUCAAGAAGGACAAGUUCGCCUUCCCCGUGCCCUACGGGCUGGGCGGCGUGGCGGACCACGAGCACCCGCACGGGCUGAAGGCGGGCGGGCUGCACGGCGGGGCGGCCGGCGGGCUGGUCCCCGAGUCGCUGCUGGCCAACCCCGAGAAGGCGGCGGCCGCUGCCGCCGCCGCCGCCGCCCGCGUCUUCUUCCCGCAGUCGGCCGCCGCCGCUGCCGCCGCCGCCGCCGCCGCCAGCAGCCCCUACUCCCUGCUGGACCUGGGCUCCAAAAUGGCCGAGAUCUCCUCCUCCUCCUCUUCCUCGGGCUCGGGGCUGCCCUACGCCUCCUCCCUGGGCUACCCCGGCGCCGGCGGGGCGGGUGCCUUCCACGGGGCCGCCGCCGCCGCCGCCGCCGCCGCGGCCGCCGCCGGGGGGCACACGCACUCGCACCCGUCGCCCGGUAACCCGGGCUACAUGAUCCCCUGCAACUGCAGCGCCUGGCCCGGCCCGGGGCUGCAGCCGCCGCUGGCCUACAUCCUCCUGCCGGGCAUGGGCAAGCCCCAGCUGGACCCUUACCCCGCAGCCUACGCCGCGGCCCUAUGACCGGAGGGUGCCCGCCCGGAGCCCCGGUACCCGCCUCGCUGGGUGCCGGUGCGUUCGUACGGCCGGGAACGGCGGGCGAGCCGGGGCCGCGGGGGGUCGGGGUGGGGGUGGCCGGGACCGGGAGCAGCGGAGCCGGGGUCGCCGCCGACCUGUUGCGCGUCGCCCGCCGAGGGUCACGUCCCCGCCCGCCGGCCCGCCUAGAGCUUGUGUGUGUUGCAUGCGGUCUUUGCUGACAGCCGAGCUGAAAAAGAAGAGAAAAAGAGGAAAAAAAAAAAAAAAAAAGAAGAAGAAGUAAAAAGCAACAAACCCGCCCUGCCCCCAAAAGUGCUUAUUCGGGACAGCCACGGGGAGCUCCGUCCCGCCGCCGGCUCCCCCUCGCCGCGCUGCUCUUUCUUCGGCCGCGCCGCGGGCUUCCCCCUCCCUCCGCUCCCCGCGCCCCGCGCCGUGCUGAACUCGGAAAAGUCCCGCGGCAGCACCGCCGCCGGAGGGGGACGGGCAGGAGGGGGGGCCGGUGACGGAGGGGGCCGCCGUGUGCGUGGUUCGUAGCCCCUCGUGGGCGAGCGGGAGCGGGAAGCACGCAAAGAGUCAGCGGUGUGGGAUGCUGCCCGCCGUCUCGCCCCGUCCCGCGUGGGUUCCUGCCGUCCGCUGCUACGGGAGGCUGACAGGCGCGAGUGGUGAUUUCCACGAGAGGAAACACGCGUGGCUCUCGGUCCCCGUGUGUCCCCGUGUCGUCGUCCCCUCCCCUCCAGUAGUUAAGUCUCACCCUCAGACUGUAAAUUUGUAUAUCUCUGUGGAAGCGUUAGAUCUCGGAUUGAAAACUCUGUUACUUACUUCGCCCACGGUCGAUUCAGUUUUAACCUGAAAAAAAAAAAAAAAGAAAAAGAGAGAGAAAAAAAGGAAUGCCUUUCAAAGGGAAUAAAAAUAUUGCGGGACCGCUCGGGGAAUCGCAAUAUUAUCUAAGGUUAAAUCAGACUUUUUUGUCUGAGUGAUAAUUAUCUAUUUAUUAUUUAGCUGAACUGAACCAGAGCUUUGCUUUGACAGAAGAGUAUUCUCAUUUAAAAGAAAAGCCGUCUCCCCCCACCAACAUGAAGUGUUUCACAUGUGUUUUGGAGUGCCCUACCUGGUUAGUUUAUUUUAGAGCGACUGCAAUUCAAUUGCAAAUGGCGAUUUAAAAACAACAACAAAUUUUAGAGGGAAAAAAAAAUCCAUCAGUUUAGAGUUCCUUUUUUUGGUUUACUUUUGUAAUGUGUAUAUUUUGACUAAUGUUUGUGAAUGAAGCUGGCUAACAUGUAUUUAGUUUCAUUUUGGCUUUAUGUAAUAUAAAGUAAACAACAACAACAGAAAAGAAAGAUUAAGUAUUGGUUUUAACAUUUACGUGUAAAUGGUUUCCUUGUGUGAUCUUCUAAUUUAAAGUUAGACGUCUAAACUAUAUCUGUAAAUUAGAUUCCGACUACCACUCUGUUCAUUUUUGAACAAAGAGUUUAAAUAAAGCCUGAAGCAGGGAAAAGAGAAAA